UUUACUGUGACCAGAGAAGCAGUGAUGUGGUGGCUGCUCCUCUUUGUAUGUGCCUGUCAUGGUGCACCAACUCAUGACACAUUCACCGUGUCUGCUCCCAAUGGUCCACUCUCUGUCUGGAUUGGAUCCUCGAUCAUCCUGCCCUGUUCAGUCUCUCCUGCAUUUACUGCAUCACUACAGGUGCGCUGGCACCGGCCUGAUAAGUACAAAACUCCAGUUCUGCUUUAUGAGAACCGACAGGUCCAGGAACAGCCUGCUGACCCUCAGUACAAGGGCAGGGUGUCCCUGAUAGGACAGCUGGAGAAGGGGAACGUGUCCCUGAAACUGGAGAACGUCUCACUGGCAGACAGUGGAGAGUUUGUGUGUUUUGUUGCUGGGGAUACGUGGUAUGAGCAGGCCAGUGUUCACCUCAUUGUUAAAGUGAUGGGUUCCCCACCGGUCCUUUCAGUCACUUAUGGAGGCAGUGGGCAGGUGAACAUUACCUGUGUGUCAGAUGGUUGGGCUCCGCAGCCUAAUCUUACCUGGAGAAACAAUGGAGUCACAGAAAUCCCCAGUCAGAACCAUCACAGUGCAACAGAUGAUCAUGGACUUGUGAGUGUGACUUCCUGGCUGGUUCACUCUUCCUCUGGUUCCAAGUGGGUUGCGUGCUCUGUAGGUCUGCCUGAAGAGGAGAGAAAAGAGAGCAGGAUCUUACCAUACAUCUCUGGGGUUGACACAGUGGAACUGGAGAGGAUACUGAGGGACAAAGAGGCAGAGAUGGAGCGUCUGAAACAGAAGAGUGAAGGACCUUGGAAAGAAGUCUUCAUUAGUUUUCUUGUUCUGUUGCUACUGUCCUCUGCUACGGUAUUUGUGUUGUAUAGAAAAGGCUUUAUAAAAUGUAAAGACUUAAAGGAAGCAGAAGCAGAGUACAGAAAACAGGACAAAUUGGAGACAGAGAGCCUACUGAAGACACAGAGUGAGGAGGUGGAGACUCUGAAAAAGACGAUUACAGAGCUGCAAAGUGAACUGGAUAAGAAUAAGGGAGAAGUGGAGGCACACAAGCAGCAGAUUACAGUGAAACUGGACAGGAUACAGAGGGACAAAGAGGCAGAGAUGGAGCGUCUGAAACAGAAGAGUGAAGCACAAGUUAAAGAGUUGGAAGAAAGACUGAUAGCCAGUGGGGCAAAAGUUGACAGAUUGAAGCAAGAAAGCACAGGCCUACUGAAGACACAGAGUGAGGAGGUGGAGACUCUGAAAAAGAUGAUUACAGAGCUGCGAAGUGAACUGGAGACGAAUAAGGGAGAAGUGGAGGCACACAAGCAGCAGAUUACAGUGGAACUGGACAGGAUACAGAGGGACAAAGAGGCAGAGAUGGAGCGUCUGAAACAGAAGAGUGAAGCACAAGUUAAAGAGUUGGAAGAAAGACUGAUAGCCAGUGGGGCAAAAGUUGACAGAUUGAAGCAAGAAAGCACAGAGCUGCGAAGUGAACUGGAGACGAAUAAGGGAGAAGUGGAGGCACACAAGCAGCAGAUUACAGUGGAACUGGAGAGGAAACUGAGGGACAAAGAGGCAGAGAUGGAGUGUCUGAAACAGAAGAGUGAAGGUGCCUUCCCUCAGAAUCAUGCACUACUACUGACCUGGGACAAAUUGAAAGGUUUUAAAGAAAGCCCCAACAUGGAUGAAGCCAGUGUACAGGGCAACUUAAGAGCAAAAGGAAAAAGAGUGCAAUGUGUUAAACCAAACCGUGAUCAACCACUAAAUACUUACCAUUUCAUUCUUUGUAAAGACCCAUUCAGUUCAGGACAACACUACUGGGAAAUGAGGAUAGAAAAUAAACUAUCCUGGUUUGUAGGGGUUUGCAUUGACACACUGAGAGGACAGGAAGGAGUACCUUUAACUCUUCAGAAUGGCUGCUGGCUUCUCUGUUAUGACGAAGACAAGGGUUUCUUUGUUAACACUGAACCGAUAACUCCACUCCAGGUGACCAUUUCAUUCAAAAUACUAGGAGUGUUUUUAGACUGUUUUGGGCAUUCUUUGACCUUCUAUGAUGCUGAGUCCCAUUCAUUGCUCUACACUUUCCAUGAUGUGAGAUCAGCUCACCCACUGGUCCCUGUGCUUAGCCCUGGAGUUAGAGACAACAAACAUAUACUAAUCCUCUAGCCAUACUCUAGUAAUGCUCUAAUGAUAAAGAUGUGGAUUAUUGAAUGAAGAAAACAAAUUAAAUGUGAUAAUCAAA